AGUGUGACGAGAAAAAUGAAAAUGGUUGAUAUUGACAAGUGGAUAGAAAUUACCAAAGAUUGCAAAUAUUUACCCGAAUAUGACCUCAAGAAACUUUGUGAUAUGGUUUGUGAACUGCUCCUUGAAGAAUCCAAUGUUCAGCCAGUGUCCACCCCGGUCACAAUUUGUGGAGACAUACACGGACAGUUCUAUGACUUGAUGGAACUCUUCAAGACUGGAGGACAGAUGCCAGACACAAAUUAUAUCUUCAUGGGAGACUUCGUUGACCGGGGUUACUUCAGUCUGGAGACUUUCACACUCCUAUUAACACUGAAAGCAAAAUGGCCAGACAGGAUCCUGCUCCUGAGAGGAAACCAUGAAAGCAGACAAAUCACACAGAUAUAUGGAUUUUAUGAUGAAUGUCAGACGAAGUAUGGUAACGCCAAUGCGUGGCGCUAUUGUUGUCGGGUGUUUGAUCUUUUAACAGUGGCAGCGAUUGUUGAUGAAUGUAUCCUGUGUGUACAUGGAGGCUUGUCACCGGACAUCAAGACCAUCGACCAAAUCCGAACUAUUGAAAGAAAUCAAGAAAUCCCACACAAAGGCGCUUUUUGUGAUCUGGUGUGGUCCGACCCUGAAGACGUUGAAACGUGGGCGAUGAGCCCACGAGGUGCAGGCUGGCUCUUCGGGGCAAAGGUCACAAAUGAAUUUGUUCACAUCAAUAACUUGAAGCUAAUAUGUCGGGCGCAUCAACUCGUUCAUGAAGGAUACAAGUACAUGUUUGAUGAAAAACUCGUCACCAUUUGGUCGGCUCCGAACUACUGUUACCGCUGCGGCAACAUCGCGGCAGUGCUGUCGUUCAGUACACCGGACACGAAGGAAGCGAAACUGUUCCGUGCGGUACCAGACAAUGAGCGUGUGAUUCCACCGAGAACACAGACUCCGUACUUCCUAUGAGUUCAUUUUCAUAUUUAUCAGACAUCAAUGUGUGUAUAUAAUUAAAAAUGUUUUAAAAAAAUAAAUUGAAAAUUGAAAGCACAUGCAUCAGGUCAAUUUACAGCUAACGCUGGGCCAGCAGACAUUUUUGUCAACUGUUCUAGCAAACUUCAAAUACUGCACAACUGCGUUUAUUUUGUAACAAAAUAUAAAAUAUUUCAUUAAAUUAUUUUGCCAAAUUAAAAUAAAAUUUGCCGAUUGUUUUUGAAAUUUGCAAUUGAUGAAUUUGGCGAGUGCCAGAGGUAGCACUGGUCAUUGUUAGCGUAAAUGAGAUUGGCGACAAACCCGCAUGGUGUUUUUUUUUUGUAAAGAGAUUACAGUAUUAACUCUUUUAUUUCUAGACUGGCUAAAGUCGGUGCAUUCAGUGCAUUCAUUUGUUAGAAAGACUAUAGAACGACAGUCUAGAACAGUGGUAUGUUCUUAGCAACCACUUGUCUUCGUAUUGUUACAGCAAAAGCCAUCUACCUGUUUUGACAGAAAGACUAUAGAACGACAGUCUAGAACAGUG